AUUCAAGGAUGCUGAAGGUAAGAUGCAUACUCCAGGGCUACUACCCCGGACAGCUGGAGAGAAUACCUAUUGGAAAGUGCAUGUCGCCUAGGUAGGUACAUACAGUAAUUACAGGGCAGCUACGCCUGGGUUACGCUUAGUCAUAACCAAUUGUAAUAAUUUUUGGAGCCUCAACAUCCCACCUUAGAUCCUCUCAGAUCUGCGUGUCCGUACUGUUACCGCAACGCUUCUUUUGAGAGCAGUCAUUAUUCCAUUCCUCUUACUGCGGCAGGAAGAAAUUAGGCGGGAUGUCCUUCAUGCCGCCAUCUCACAAGACGGCCAAUUGCAUCUAAGUCCGUCCUAGCCCUAACCUGAACUAACCUCGACCAUCAUGUUGUCCCUUCUUCCCGACCUAGCACCGCGCGACGUAAGUCAACCCAUCUCGGGCCCCUCUCCCCCUACCCCGAGUAGAAACCUCCGCAUAACCCUACUAACCAUCCCACUUGCCCAGUCCCACGCACUAUGGUACACCUCGCCCCGUAACCCGCUCAGCUCCUCCUCCUCCGCCCUCGACGCGUCCGCCUACCCGCCCUCGCCCCUCGCCCCGCAACCGCAGCAACAACCGCACGACCCCUCGGGGCUCUCGCACCGGCGGGGCGCACACCUCCUCGAGCGUUCGCCCCUCGCACGCCUGCGAGCCGACGAGCAGACGCUAGAGCGGCGUCGCGCCAACGUGACCAACUUCGGCGCAGCCUGGCUCAAGCCUCCCGGGAUCCCCAAGACGCUGCACCAGCUGCGCGAGGAGCGACGCGAGGCCGAGGAGCAUGCCGAGGCCCUGCGGCGCGAGCAGCUGGCACAGGAGCUCGCCGAGGCCGAGGCCGCUGGGGGUGCCGGGGGUGUCGACGCCUUGGUAGACGCGCAGGGAGAGGAGGGCGAGGAUGGGGAUGGGGUUAUGGAUGAUGUGCAGUUGGACGGGGCGCGGGAUCUGGAUGAGGAUAUACCCGAGGCGGAUGAUUUCGGGGUAGGUUCUGGGUCCGAAGAGGACGAUGAUGAAGAGGAUGAGGAUAGCGAUGAUGAUAGUGACGAGGAUGAUGACGAUGACGACGACCCGGAGCAGCGGGCGGCGCAUGCACAGCAGCAGCUCAUGGCUCAGCGUAUGAGGCAAGCCGACGACGCGUUCCGCGAGUCUGUAGCCCGCGGGCGUGACGGUGGGAACUACUACGGCGUCGAUGACGAAGUGGACGACGAGGACCAGGCCCAGAUGAUCGAGGAGGACGACCUGAUCGGGCACGGAGACGGCGGAGACAUGGACAUGGACGGCGACCUGGACGAUGAGAUACCCGAGGCAGAGGACGCAGGCUACGAGCAUACGGACUCGGAGGCGGAUCUCAGCAGCGAGGACGACGGUGACGAGCCCGAGAUGAGCUUUGCCGCGCAGGUGUCCCAGCCGUCUAGGUACAGGCACAGCUUAGCACGCAGCGAUGCGACGCGGCAUAGUCUCGCUAUUAGCGACAUAUUAUCGCACGACGAGAGCAGCAUGCUUCACAGUAGCCCGGAAAUCCAGCGGCGGCGAAAUAGUGGACCUGCACGCCGUGGUCGAGGCUGAAGAAGGCGAGGCUAACG